GACUAUUUAUGCUUGUCUAGCAUAGCAGACGACCACUUAUUGUAUUAGAUUAACUGGUGAGCUGUUAUCUCUUGGUUCCUUGACUAUCUUGUGAUUUGGUGUCUCCUUCACGUAAGCUUCUAGUCUAGUAACGGUCAAUUUGAGGCACAUUGUUGCACCUUGCAUAUAUGUGUCUUGUAAUUGAUGGGGCUACGUGUUUGAUGAAUUUAGAUAGCGAUAUUCAGCACGUUAUUCUUGACCUCUGCUAGGGCAGCUACGUUUGAAAACUUUGUUUUGUUGUGAGCUCCUUCUGGAGAUUGGUGCUCUUAGCGCAACUUGUACUUAUUAAAUAUUUGUAGGGACCCAACUGUCAAGGUAUCUUUGGAGGCAUCCAAGGUAUUGAAUGUUAUCCAAAACUUUUAAAAAAAGCAUCUUCUUGAAGAGAAGUCAAUGUUUACCUAACGAAAAUUUCACAAGAACUGCUAUAUCUACUAUACUUGACCAUAUUGAAGUUUUCAUUGCUAAAGUUCAUGCCUUUUUUGGAAAGUAAGAUGAGGGCUGUGUGUAAGUUGCUCGUAUUAGCUGAGUUGCUGGCUGUAAGUACAAUAUCACUUGCUUUUUCAUCACCUAAUGAUGCAUACCCAACUGGAUAUGGUGAUGAACCGGGUUCUUGUGUUGGAUCUAGUGAUGAUUUGAGACCUGUGAGGAGAGAGGUGUAUGAAGGUGGACAAAUAUUUGAUAUCACACACCAGUUCAAUCCUAAUACUCCUGUGGGAGAUUCUGACGAAGGAAUUGGACAGUUUCUCACUCUUUUGUCGAGCAUGAAGAAUGGCUCUGAUUACAACUUUUCCGAAUUGAGAUUAGGCGUUCAUGCUGGCACUCACGUUGAUGCACCAGGACAUGUGUUUGCCGAUUACUAUGAUGCAGGGUUUGAUGUUGAUUCCCUUGACCUUAGAGUUCUAAAUGGUCCUGCAUUGCUAGUUGAUGUUCCGAGAGACAAGAACUUAACUGCCGAUGUUAUGCAAUCCUUACAUAUCCCCAAGGGAGUCAAACGAGUACUUUUCAGGACACUAAACACUGACAGGCGUCUUAUGUGGAAAAAGGCAUUUGACACAAGCUAUGUCGGUUUCAUGAAGGAUGGAGCGCAGUGGCUAGUGGAUAACACUGACAUCAAACUUGUUGGAAUUGAUUACUUAUCGGUUGCUGCAUUUGAUGAUUUGCUUCCUUCCCAUCAUGUUUUCCUGAAAAGCAGGGAAAUUAUUCUUGUAGAAGGGCUGAAGCUGGAUGAUAUAGAAGCUGGCAUAUACACCGUACACUGUCUGCCCUUAAGGUUGCUUGGUGCGGAGGGAUCGCCUAUUAGAUGUAUACUGAUUAAGUAAUACUGUCCUCGUCUCCGCCUCAACCAUAAGCCUUUUCUUCUCUUCUUGAUUAUGUGUGUUCAGCGGUACACCCUCUUCUUAUUAUUUGCUUGGAUAAAUUGCUGCAGGAAGCACUGGAGAUAGCGUUGAAUAAGAAAAAGUGCUGCAAGGGAGGACAUAUUCUCGGAGUAGUUUAUGCUGUAAUAUUAUUAGCUUUUAGGCUGAAAACACAUAGCAUGAGCAAAUAAUAUGUAGAUUUCAUGGUAUGUCUUAUGGUUUUAUGGAUUGACGGAGAAUGAUCAACAUAUUUAGAUCAGAGUUAUUUUUGUCUUAAGGUGCAAAUGAUUACGGUCAUCAUAUUGCUUUCUA